AUGGCUAAAAGACAAGCAACAGAAGUAGUUAAUAGAAAAUUACAGGAUAUUAUAGAAAAUUCAAACUCAUUUGGAGGAAAAAUCAUGGUCUUCGGAGGCGACUUCAGACAAGUUCUCUCAGUUGUUCCUCGAGCUACAAGAACUGAAAUGGUAGAUGCAAGAGUAGGAAACAGUGAAGAACUGACUGAAUCAGAAUGUUUGAUACGCAUUCCAGAUGAAAUGUUGAUCCAAUACAAAGAUUUGGUCGAAGGUGAAAAAGAAUUGAUAAAGACAAUAUUUCCUUCAUUACAUGGAAAGGCUCAUUUGAUUGAAUAUAUUAAAGAACGGGCAAUCUUGGCAAGUAAAAAUGAAACCGUAGAUAAAUUGAAUGAGAAGCUUAUUGAUCAAUUUCCAGGAGAUAGUGUUACGUAUUAUAGCUUCGAUUCAACAACUGAUGAUACACAAACAAAUUAUCCAGAAGAAUUCCUCAAUUCAUUGGUGCCUAAUGGACUUCCACCUCAUAAAUUGGUGUUAAAGAAAAACUGUCUAAUAAUGCUGCUACGGAAUCUAGAUCCAUCACAGGGAGAAUGCAAUGGAACAAGGCUGGUUUGCCGUGAAUUCAAAAAAAAUGUUAUUCUAGCAGAGAUAGCAGCUGGACAAUUUUCUGGAAACCUUGUCCCUCUUCCAAGAAUACCAUUGUGUCCUGCAGAAAAUGAAGGAUACCCUUUUCAUCUAAAAAGAUAG